GAGUUUUCAAGCAAUACAGCUUCCAAAAUACAAUUUGGAAACAGAAUUGUGUUACUGAAGGUGUCGGAAAUGGAUGGCGGAAAUAGAUGGCACCUUCAGAUCCUCUGAAGACCGUAUGCGAAAGUCGACAUCCGACCAAGAAGAAGGGAGAGCUGCUCCAGUCAGAAGGGACAUCAUAAGUGCAGCCAUUCCACUGCCAAAAAUUGGAAGAAUUUUUUAACACUGGGAGAAAACAAGGCCGACCUAGCCCGCUUUCUUUCUCAGGAAGUUCUUCAAUAUGUCUUUGAGGCCAUCGAAGUUGUUGUUUCCGGAGGACUCAUACAUGAAGACGAUGUGCGAACAACCAACCCCGAAUCCGAUGUCAGUGCCCUCGCAGCGACACAUGAAGAGGCCGAUACACGCGUUGUACUACAUGCUGUCCACUCUGAUGCUGAUAUCGUCGUUAUGCCCAGGAAUACCGACAUUUGUUUGCUGUUGAUCCAUCACUUCGACAAAAUGACCAGUCCUAAAGUGUGGAUGAUGAGAGGCACAUCGAGAGAAAGGAAGUACAUGAGAUUUGCAAAAUUCUUCCUAAUGCUCAAAAAAAGAACAUCUUGGCGUUCCACGCAGUUACGGGUUGCGACUGGACGUCUCACCUUGCAACGAUAACGAAGAAAGCAGCAUGGAAAGUCUUCAAUGGAACAGCCUGCCAACUUCUGGACAAGUUAGGCCAACUCCCUCAUUAAAGUCGAAUGCAGAGAAGUUUCUCGUAUAGCUCUAUAGGGGGGCCAAAGAUGUAUCUAGCGGCGAUGAAGCCAGAUAUCAGCUUUUCGGUGUUGAAAAAAAGCCCGAGGAUUUACCUCCAAUAAGCGAUGCGCUGCAACUACACCUCAUAAGAUGCCAUUAUCAGGAGAACGUGUGGGAAAAUGCUCAUCCUGCCCGACCGGUGGUAAUGGAUUCUGAGUCAUAUGGGUGGAGGCUUCACCAAGACGAGUACAUCCCCAUCCUCAUGACCUUUGAGCCCGUCCCCAAAGCCUGCACGGAUAUUCUUACCUGCAAUUGUUCGUCCCACCGCCUGACAACAAUGUGCACAUGCAAGAAGAAUGGACUCACUUGCACCAAGUUGACCCACCGCUCUCACCAAUGUCUUAACUCAUUAAAAGAGUGA